UGUGCCUCUGCAGUGGAAGAAAAAAAAAUCCCGAACGACGUCAGGAUCAAGUUUGAACACAACGGGGAGAGACGGAUUAUCCCAUUUGUCCGUCCCGUGCGCUACGAAGAUGUGCAGCAGAAAGUGAAAACAGCCUUUGGGCAGCCACUGGACCUCCACUACAUGAACAACGAGCUCUCCAUUCCUCUGAAAAACCAGGAUGACCUGGAUAAAGCUGUAGAUCUCUUAGACCGAAGCUCUAAUGUGAAAAGCCUUAGAAUAUUAUUGCUGUCCCAGGACAGAAACCAUACCAGUUCUUCACCCCAUUCUGGACUGCCCAAACAAGUCAGGAUUAAAACUUCCCAGUCUGUGGGGGAUGUCAGCACACCCUACCAGCAGCCAGAACCCAGAAGUAGGCAUCUGUCUGUCAGCUCCCAGAACACAGGCCGAAGCUCCCCACCCCCUGGGUACGUGCCGGAGAGGCAGCAGCGCAUCGCCCGCCAGGGCUCCUACACCAGCAUCAACAGCGAGGGGGAGUUCAUCCCAGAAACCAAUGAGCAGUGUAUGUUGGACCCUCUAAGCAGUGCUGAGAACUCGGUGUCAGGAAGCUGCCAGUCCUUGGACAGUCCUUCUUUCCGGAAGUCACGGAUGUCAAGGGCACAGAGCUUCCCUGAUAACAGACAGGAGUUCUCAGACCGAGAAAACCAGAUCUACGACAAGGCGGGGAAAGGUGGGACCUACCCUCGGCGCUACAACGUCUCCAUGCAGCACAAGGACUACAACGAUGGCCGGAGGACUUUCCCCCGGAUACGACGUCACCAAGGGAAUCUCUUCACCUUGGUCCCCUCCAGUCGUUCCUUGAGCACCAACGGGGAGAACCUGGGCCUGGCCCUGCAGUACCUGGACCCGCGCGGCCGCCUGCGCAGCGCCGACAGCGAGAACGCCCUGGGGGUGCAGGAGAGGAACAUCCCCACCAAAUCUCCCAGUGCUCCCAUAAACUGGCGACGGGGAAAGCUGCUGGGCCAAGGAGCCUUCGGCCGCGUGUACCUGUGCUACGACGUGGACACGGGCAGAGAGCUCGCAGCUAAGCAGGUCCAGUUUGACCCAGAGAGCCCUGAAACAAGCAAGGAAGUGAGUGCCCUGGAGUGUGAAAUUCAGCUGCUGAAGAACCUCCAGCACGAACGCAUUGUGCAGUACUACGGCUGCUUACGGGACCGAGCAGAGAAAACCUUGACCAUCUUCAUGGAGUACAUGCCAGGGGGGUCAGUGAAGGACCAGCUGAAGGCAUAUGGUGCUCUCACGGAAAACGUCACCCGCAAAUACACUCGCCAGAUCCUGGAGGGAGUCUCCUACCUUCACAGCAACAUGAUUGUGCACAGGGACAUAAAGGGAGCCAAUAUUCUCCGUGACUCUGCUGGGAAUGUGAAGCUUGGGGACUUUGGGGCCAGCAAACGGCUGCAGACGAUCUGUAUGUCUGGGACAGGAAUCCGCUCCGUCACCGGCACUCCGUACUGGAUGAGCCCCGAGGUGAUCAGCGGGGAAGGCUACGGAAGGAAGGCAGAUGUAUGGAGCCUGGGCUGUACCGUGGUGGAGAUGCUGACAGAGAAGCCCCCGUGGGCAGAGUACGAGGCCAUGGCUGCAAUCUUCAAGAUAGCCACCCAACCCACCAACCCCCAACUGCCCUCACACAUAUCAGAACAUUGCAGGGACUUCCUAAAGCAGAUCUUUGUGGAAGCCAGGCACAGACCCUCUGCUGAAGAGCUGCUCAGACACCAGUUUGCACAGCUCCAGUACUGAAUUACCUCCCUCGCUCGCAGCUCCUGCUGGGCUCUCCGUGCCCCGUCUGGUCUACUUGCAACUGCCCAUUGUGGUGCUGCAUCUUCCAAAUGCCAACUCAGCUGGCCUAGUCCUUUGGGGAAGUUCUGCCAAGGAACCUAGGGUCUGCUCUCGUGCCUGAUUCCUUAGUUUGCUGGACUAAUGUUUAUCCUACCAACAGCAGUCCAAACAGAGCUGCGUUUUUUGCCUCGAGUUACCUGGAUGUGAAAUUGCAGCUGGUUGCAUGUUUUCUGCAGAGGGAAGAGUGGGUAUCUAACAAGUGUCUCACUGGUUGAAC